AAUUCCACUCCCGCGCUAGCUCCGCCCUAUGCUCCUUCUCUGUUACCCUACGCUCUUCCCUGUCAGCCCGCCUCCCGGCAACCUUUGCGCGAGCAAAAUGGCUGCCCCCAUGCCACGGGGAUUGUCCUGUUUAUCCAAGGCUGUGGGAUGGUGGUCUCGGCAGCCCAUCCUAGGGACUCACUUGACAGCUGUAGUUCCAGUGAGAACUAAAAAACGGUUCACACCCCCUCCUUAUGAACCCAAAUACAGAACAGAAAAGGAGUUUAUGGAACAUGCCCGGAAAGCAGGAUUGGUCAUUCCUCCAGAACAUUUGGAGCGGCCCAUACAUCUGGCCUGUACAGCUGGUAUCUUUGAUGCUUAUGUUCCUCCUGAGGGUGAUGCUCGCAUGUCUUCUCUUUCCAAGGAAGGACUAAGCCAGAGAACUGAGCGACUGAAGAAGAAUGUGGCGUCACAAUUGUCAAUCCGGAAGAUAAAAGAAUAUGAUGCUAAUUUUAAAACAAAGGACUUCCCAGAAAAAGCUAAGGAUAUCUUCAUUGAAGCCCACCUUUGUCUGAACAACUCAGACCACGACCGGCUUCAUACCUUGGUGACAGAGCACUGUUUCCCGGACAUGGUCUGGGACCUCAAAUAUAAGACUGUCCGCUGGCGCUUCGUGGAGUCUUUAGAACCCCCUCAGGUGGUUCAGGUGCGCUGCUCAAGCUUGGUGAACCAGAGCAACAUGUAUGGCCAGGUCACUGUGCGCAUGCACUCCCGGCAGGCGCUGGCCAUCUAUGACCGCUUUGGCAGGUUGAUGUAUGGACAGGAAGACGUUCCCAAGGACGUCCUGGAAUAUGUUGUGUUUGAGAAGCACCUGAUGAACCCCUAUGGCAGCUGGAGAAUGCAUGGCAAGAUUGUUCCCCCGUGGGCGCCCCCGAAGCAGCCCAUCCUUAAGACGGUGAUGAUCCCUGGUCCCCAGCUGAAACCAUAGGAAGACUGUGAAGAAACACAACAAGAGGGCCAUAAGCCUCAGUUGGCCUAAUGGCAAAAAGGACUGUUGGGGUGAGACACGGGUGAGCAGCUGCUGCACACUGUGAAGUCAUCCAGGCCUUCCUUGUUCUCUCCUGUCCUGCAUGGACUUUGCCACAGCCAUGCGGAGGCUGGGAUGAGGAGUAGCUGGGAUGAGGAGUAGCUGGGAUGCAAAACCACAGACUUCGUAAUGAAAGGCAGUGUAUUUCAGAGACCAGUGAUGCCAGUUCUUCCUGCAGCAGGGACCGUGGGAGCAAACUGGCAGCAACCUGUUUCUAGUCUUAGGGCCGGGAUAAGAGUUUGAAAUAAAGUACCAUAAAGGUAUCAGACAAA